AUGAAGGUGCUUAGAGCGAGAGGGGGGAUGGAAGUGCAGCAUGAGCAUAGAGGAGGGGGAGGAGAGAAUGGCGACGUCGAUUCAACACCUCAUGAUGUCGGUGCUUCGGGUGGGGAAGCAGAUGAGUUCUCGCGGAUUCUGGGGAUCAAGUGGGUCGACGUUGAUACACCAUUUGAUUUUGAUCCGCAUCCCAUGUAUGCCGCCUGGGACGAUAUCACCCACGAUUUCAUCAGGGAGUCGGCCGAGUCUAUGUUCAGCCUAGAGGACAUCAAGAUGAUGACUCGUGGCGGUAGAGCCUGGAGUGGCGGGGGAGCCUGGAGUGGCGGAGAUGCCUGGAGUGGCGGAGCAGCCGUUAGUGGCGGAGGAGCUUGGAGUGGCGGGGGACCUGGAGUGGUGGGGGAGGCUGAAGAGAGUAGGGAGGCUGAAGAGAGUAGGGAGGCUGAAGAGACUAGGGUGCCUGGAGUGGCGGAGGAGCCUGGAGUGGCGGGGCAGCCUGGAAUUGCGGGGGAGCAUGUAGUGAUGGGGGAGCCUAGAAUGGUGGGGGAGCCUGGAGAGGCGUUGGAGCCUGGAGUGGCGGGGGAGCCUGGAGUGGCGGGGGAGCCUGGAGUGGCGGGGGAGAAAGUCGUUGCGGAAGAGCCUGGAUCGUCAGAGAAUGCCGUUGGGAGUCGUACCCCAAGGUGGCAGGCGAGGAAAACAGGGAAGCGGAAACGUGCUCAAGAGGGGCGCAAUAGCGAGGACACGGAGGGUGAAGAGGCUGAUGUGACUGUUGGUCAGCGCUCCUUUAUUCAUUUCCACCAUUGCAUGAUGUGCGCUGCAACAAAGGUAGAAGCAGGUUAUCCAAUGACUCCUCAAGAAGUGGCUGAUGAGAUUGGGGGAGCCAAGGAGCAAGGGGGAGAGGCACUGUUUGGGGAAAGGAAUGUGGGGGAGGAGAUGGAGGACGAGGCGGAGGACGAGGGCGCAGAGGAUGUGCUGAGUGUGGGGGAGCAGAGAACGGCAUGGGUGAUAGUGUGGAAGGAGAAUAGGCGAUGGUUGGGAAGAGAGCGGGGAAGGGAGGUGAUAGAAGAGGAUGGCGGAAUUCAUUCCCUCUCUGCCUUCACAUUCAUUCCCUCUUGCCUUCACAUUCAUUCCCUCUUUGCCUUCACAUUCAUUCCCUCUCUGCCUUCACAUUCAUUCCCUCUCUGCCUUCACAUUCAUUCCCUCUCUGCCUUCACAUUCAUUCCCUCUCUGCCUUCACAUUCAUUCCCUCUCUGCCUUCACAUUCAUUCCCUCUCUGCCUUCACAUUCAUUCCCUCUGCCCUCACAUCUGUUCCCUCUCUGCCCUCACAUUCAUUCCCUCUCUGCCCUCACAUUCAUUCCCUCUGCCCUCUCAUUCAUUCCCUCUCUGCCUUCGCAUUCAUUCCCUCUGCCCUCACAUUCAUUCCCUCCCUUCCCUAUUCAUUCCCUCUGUGCCCUCACAUUCAUUCCCUCUCUGCCCUCACAUUUUUUCCCUCUGCCCUCACAUUCGUUCCCUCUCUGCCCUCACAUUCAUUCCCUCUCUGCCCUCACAUUCAUUCCCUCUCUGCCCUCACAUUCAUUCCCUCUCUGCCCUCACAUUUGUUCCCUGUCCACCCAUUCCCCCCUUCUGCAUAUCGUUCCCGCCCUUCUUCCUCCCAAGUCCCUCUUUCUUUUUCUUAUUCCGCGCUAUUUCCUGUCAUCCUGCCCUUCUCGUUGUAG